CGGCGCUUUACGGCAGGCAUGCUUGUUGUUAGCUGAAAGGAAGCUAGUCGUGCCAAAAUUCGCUCUUAGCCACAGCAGAACUGCGAUACAAGCGUUUAACCAGCGGAAAUGGAUGUCGGAGAACUCUUAAACUAUCAGCCUGACAGAGGAGCCAAGCGUCUGAGGGCAGACGAUGGAGGAGCUGCAGGAGGAGAAGAAAACUCCAGAGGAGGGAAGCAGCAGAGAGGUUUGGGAGCCAGGGAGGCCAGCAGAUACAGAGAAAUGGAUGGAGGUGUUGAAAUGAAGGAAACGGAAGAGCCAACCGGAGACAAAAACAUGAUUUUAGAAAAACUGAUGGACCAGGAUGGGGAAGAACCUGAGGCCGAGCCGGUUGACGAGAGCUCAGUGAAGAAAAUGAUCCUGACCUUUGAGAAAAGGUCGUACAAAAACCAGGAACUGAGGAUAAAGUUUCCAGACAACCCAGAGAAGUUUAUGGAGUCGGAGCUGGACCUGAAUGACAUCAUUCAAGAAAUGCACGUAAUCGCCACCAUGCCAGAUCUCUACCACCUGCUGGUGGAGCUUAAUGCCGUCCACUCUCUGCUGGGCCUUCUCAGUCAUGAAAACACUGAUGUUGCCAUAGCUGUGGUGGACCUGCUGCAGGAGCUGACCGAUAUCGACACGCUCAAUGAGAGCGAGGAAGGAGCCGAGGUCCUCAUUGAGGCUCUGCAUGAGGGUCAGGUGGUGGCUUUGCUCGUGCAGAACAUGGAGCGGCUUGAUGAACAAGUGAAAGAAGAGGCUGAUGGCAUCUACAACACGCUUGCUAUCGUUGAAAAUAUGGCAGAAUUCAGACCCGGCCUGUGCACUGAAGCGGCUCAACAGGGACUCAUGCAGUGGCUGCUCAAAAGAAUCAAGGCGAAGAUGCCGUUUGAUGCUAACAAGCUUUACUGCAGUGAGAUUCUGGCCAUCUUGCUGCAGAAUAAUGACACUACCAGGGAACUACUGGGGGAAAUGGACGGUAUUGAUGUCUUGCUGCAGCAGCUCUCUGUGUUUAAACGCCACAACCCGAACACAGCUGAGGAGCAGGAGAUGAUGGAGAACCUUUUUGACGCUCUGUGCUCCUGCCUCAUGCUGUCCUCCAAUCGGGACCGUUUCCUAAAAGGUGAAGGACUGCAGCUAAUGAACCUCAUGCUCAGAGAAAAGAAGUUGUCUCGAACCAGUGCUCUGAAGGUCCUGGACCAUGCUAUGAUUGGUCCAGAGGGAGCAGAUAACUGCCAUAAGUUUGUGGAUGUUCUGGGCUUACGGACCAUCUUCCCACUUUUUAUGAAAACCCCAAAGAAGAUGAAGAAAACUGGUACUUCAGAGAAAGAGCACGAAGAACACGUCUGCUCCGUCAUCGCUUCCAUGCUGAGGAACCUCAAGUCCCAACAGAGAACCAGACUCCUCAACAAGUUCACAGAAAACGACUGUGAAAAGGUUGAUCGACUGAUGGAGUUGUAUUUUAAAUACUUGGAGGCUGUGCAGCAAGCUGAUAAGAGGAUCGAAGGAGAGAAACAUGACAUGGUUCGUCGGGGGGAGAUUCUGGACGAAACCAUGGAGGACGAGUUCUACCUUCGGCGUCUGGACGCCGGGCUGUUUGUUCUUCAGCUGCUGUGCUAUAUUAUGGUGGAGAUCAGCAACUCAGGAGUCUCUCAGCUUCAGCAGCGGGUUCAUCAAAUUCUUAAUAUAAGGGGAGGCUCUGUCAAAGUGGUGCGCCACAUCAUGAGAGAAUACGCAGAGAGCAUCGGAGAUGGAAAGAGCGAGGAGUUCAAAGAAGCUGAGCGGAAGAGGAUCAUGGACCUUGCGGACAACUUUUAAUCUUUCUCUUUCCCACACAGACGGAGAAACCCAUCCAGGCAGACAGAUUAGUUACAUUCCAGACAGGUGAAGCCAAACUUUACUAAAACAGAAAAGAAAAAAAUGUCCUGUAAAGAAUUGAAGUAGGGGUAGCUUUUCUCUUUUUGCCUCAAUCUCUCACACUGAAACUGAAUAUAUGCAAUCCGUCUGCUUAAAUAAAUAAUCAUUGGUUAAAUUGUUUGCUCAGACAACUAGCUCGACCGAAACAGAAAACCAACAUGAUUACAUCUCCUCCCCCAUUUAACCUGUUUGUUUUUGUGAAUUUAGCUGUAAACUAUUUU